GUGGACGACACCGGCACGUUCCGGGUACUGGUGGUUCCCCCCGGGGCCGCGUACACCCCCGCGCUCGAGAAACUCCAGCGCUGCACGUUCUGCUCCGACACCUGCAGGCCGGAUGCCUCUUGCGACCAGGCCGGACCAGCCCCCGGGCCAGCUCCUGUGGACGCCGCCUUCCUCCUGGACGGCUCCCGGAACGUGGGGGCGGCUGAAUUUGAAGACCUGAGAGGCUUCCUGCAAGCACUGUUAGACCACUUUGAGGUCGCUGCAGAGCCCGAGACAUCCGUCACGGGAGACCGGGUGGCCCUGGUGAGCCACGCACCCCCCGGUUUCCUGCCCGGCACGCGGAGGAGCCCUGUCCGGAGCGAGUUCAACCUGACCACCUACGGCAGCAGGCGGCUCAUGAAGAGGCACGUGGCCACGGCUGUCCGGCAGCUGCACGGGGACGCCCUUGUCGGCCACGCCUUGCAGUGGACCCUGGACAACGUCUUCUUGAGGGCGCCCAACCCGAGAAGAAACAAAGUCAUCUUCGUGAUAUCCGCGGGGGAGACCAGCCCCUGGGACGGGGAGACCCUACAGAGGGAGUCCCUGCGCGCCAAGUGCCAGGGCUACGCCCUGUUUGUGGUUUCCCUCGGCCCCACGUGGAGUGCCCAGGAGCUGGCGGACCUGGCCAGCCCACCCCUGGACCACCACCUGGUCCAGCUCGGCCGCAUCCACAGGCCUGACCACGGAUACAGCGUGCGGUUCGUGAGGGCCUUCAUUAACUCCGUCCGGCGUGCAAUCAACAAAUAUCCACCAAUAAACUUGAAAACAAAGUGCCACAGACUCAGCUCCACGAACCCAAAGCAGCCCCUGCAACAGCUUCACAGCUUUGCUCCUGGACCACACAAAGCUGCCCUCAAGGGAGUCGCCUUCCAAGAAGCAAAAUUCUUUCAAGCCAGAAAAUUCCUUUCAAGAAUAGUAAGAAGUGGCAGAGAUGGUGCCACUCACAACUUUACCAGCAGCACAUCCCUGACCUUUAAAACUGGAAAAAGGGUCGUCACGUCUGCAGCCCAACGUGGGGAAGGGGGUGAUCGACCCAUCUGGCCGUAGAAGCACAGUGAGUCUCCAGACCCAGCUGCAUCCACCGCCAGGACGAGGCCACAGGUGACCUGCGGUGCAGGCCCUCACUCCUGGGUGUUCAGAUGCAUCUCGUCCAUGUACAUGACCACUCCCGGGCAGUGCCAGCACGUGAAGGGUGGACGGUCCAAGAACUGCUUUCGCAAGACAGAAGAAUGAAGGUGUUUCGAGAAGUUGAUGGAGACAUGAUGGAAAGGGACCCUUGCGUGUAUGCAUGUGUACAUGUGGGCCGGUGCUGCUGCUUUUGACUGUAUACCCCUCCAUUUUCUGCAAACCAAGCCUUCUUUCUUAAUUUAGUAAUGUGUCAUGCUCAUUAUUUAGCCAAAGUUAUUUUUAAAUGUAAGGGGCUAUUCCAAAAUCUGCCCUAGCCAUUGAUGCUGUCUGCAUGUCCUCCUGUGGAAAAUGUGACCUCCGUGACCAAGGCACUUGAACCCACCACUCCCCGUGGACUGGCCAGGCCUCAGACGAGGGCUGGAAGGCUUCUGCCCACCUUCUGCAGCUGUUCACUUGGGACUGAUGAGAUGCAGGGCGUACUUUUCUCCACCUCUCAAUCUUCCUAAGCUCACUGAGAAACUCAGAUUCCCCCAGAACAUAAAUGACUGCUUUUGAGCUGGAAGUCCUCUCUAUUAUGAAGCUCUAUUAUGAAGAAUUACUGUCUUU